CCAUUAAAUGAGUAAAGACUUUCCAAGUCUUGAUGGUCAAUCUUUGUGAUCCUUCAGAAUUAGCAGAUGAAAAGAACGGAAAGGAGCUUUAGUGAGGGAAGAAACAUGGGUUCUGGACUUGCUUUCUGGACCUCCUUACUUCUGCUGCUACUGCUUGUUAUGUGUGCUCAGGGAAUUGAGGGCAGGAAGAUGAGUGAAAAACAGUGGGAAAAAACACAUACGGAGCAUGUUCAUGCUCAUCCAUCAUCUCACAUGGAUCACAUGGACCCUUCACAUAUGAUUUUCUUCACCUUGAAGGACCUAAAGCUGGGGAAAACAAUGGCCAUCUAUUUUCCAAAAAGAAACCUUUCAAAAUCUCCCCCCUUAUUGCCAAGAGAAGAAGUCGAUUCAAUUCCCUUCUCAUCAAAACAGCUCCACCACCUUCUUCAAUUCUUCUCCUUCUCUCAAGACUCUCCCCAAGCCAAAGCCAUGGAAGAUACUCUUAGACAUUGUGAAACUGCACCCAUCAAAGGAGAGAUCAAGUCCUGUGCUACUUCCUUAGAAUCCAUGCUUGAUUUCGCACGCGGCGUCUUCGGAUUCGACAACCGUUUCAGUGUUGUAGCCACAACCCAUCUCACCAAUUCAACUACCCUCUUCCAAAACUACACGAUUUUGGAAGAGCCUAAAGAGAUUUUCGCCACAAAGAUGGUAGCUUGUCACACCUUGCCUUACCCUUACGCAGUUUUCUACUGUCACAGCCAAGAAAGCAAGAACAAGGUUUACAAAGUUUUAUUGGGUGGUGAGGAUGGAGAUCGAGUAGAUGCUGUUGCUGUUUGCCACAUGGACACCUCUCAGUGGAGCCCUAAUCAUGCUUCAUUUCAUGUGCUUAAGAUUAAUCCAGGGUCUUCGCCUGUGUGCCAUUUUUUUCCUGCUGAUAAUCUUGUGUGGGUUCCAACAUCCACUUCAAUGUAAUAUUUUAAUUUUAAUGCAGGAGUCUGUUGGUUUUUUCUCACUAAGUUUAUGCUAAAAUGUUAUGUAAUUUGAAUAAAGUUAAAAGGUUAAACUUC